AUGCAUGAGAUUGAAGGGCUAUUGUCGAGUAGAAGUAUUGACGUCUGCUUAAUACAAGAGCCAGCCACCGACUGUAAAGGGAUCUAUCUGUUCGACAGACGUCCGUACAGGGUAGUAGCGAGCGGGGUCGGGCCUAAAACCGCCAUCGUCGUCGCGAACCCCGCAGUCGGCAUCCUGAGUUUGCAGCAUCUCAGUACCCCCCAUAUUUCCGUAGCCGUGUUCACUGUUGGAAAUCUCCGCUUAGUGCUGAUAUCAGCAUACUUUCAAUUUUCGGAACCAACACAGACACAUGUUGACGAUUUGAUGAAUGGAAUAUUAUGGUAA